AUGAUUGCAUAUGUUCCUAGCAGCGCAGUUGGGGUGGUUGAGGAGGAUAGCUGGAAUAGUGAUGGGAACAAGGAAAACCUGGUUCAGGCCUUUUCCAAGUUCUGUCCAGAAGUUCAACAGCUGGUAGGGGAGACCGACGACAGCCUGAGAGUCUUCGCGCUGUCUGACCUUGACCCGCUACCGACAUGGGUCAAGGGAAGGACCACUCUCCUUGGUGAUGCUGCACAUGUUCUACAGCCAUACGUUGGACAAGGGGCCUCCAUGGCUAUCGAAGACGCACUCUCACUCGCCACCAUGUUUCCCCUCGGCACCAGACCCGAAGACGUCAACGAGCGCCUGAGGCUCUACGAGAAGGCAAGAGUGGGCCGGAUAAAGACGGUGUACGACUGGUCCCUCAAAAACUGUCCUGGAUCCGUGCCGCUGGCUUCAGAAGGGUCAUGGUGGUUUUCCAAUGCAGUCACGAAGUUGAACACCUGGCGGGUCUUGGCUCUAACCGCCAUGUUCAUGCAGCAGACAUUUGGGCACAACGAGAUUGAUCAUUCGGAGAGGCUCCUGCAACAGUCCUUGGCCAGACGGCCGAGCGUUGAUACAGACUCCGGGAGGAGGAGAUCGAGCAUCUGGUCAUUCGUGCUUGGCGAUGGUCAGACACAGACGACAUCAUCGCAGUAG